AUGGAUUUCGGACAGGUACCGACGACCCGACAGGCCAACCGGGACGUUCACAUCGCGGACGAAGCCGGCGAUAUAUUGUACAACCUAGCUUGCGAGUGCGAGACUUUGUUCAAUGCUCGCCUCGCCGAGCUUGAGGGGCAAGUGUCUCCCGUCGCGGAAUUGCUGACCGAGUACCAGCAGCGCUUUGCGAUUUGGGCAGCGUAUCUGGGCGUCUUUGCUCGCAAGAGCCAGUCUUUAGACAAGAGGCUUGAGAAGUACCCCGACGUCGUUGACCUCGCCGUGCUCCUCUUGGACGAGGUCCGACGCAAUCUUGCGCAAAGUGGUAAUGAGCCCGGGGUAGAGGAGGACCACGAGGACAAUCAGCACACCCGCGUUGCCGCCCUGGAAGCCCUUGAGGCCACCUUUCCUCGGUUGAACCGACUUGGGGUCACAAUACGUCGAGCGUCCCUCGACAAAAUCAUCGUCAAAAGCCAGAGGUUUACAGCCACCGUCGACCGUACGAGCUUCACUGACGACUGUCGAUUCUGCGUGCAGGUGCUCUACCCGGAAUGUCACCCGUCGCUGAGAGAGUAUUUGGCCAAGACCAUGACGACCCGGUAUCAGACCAUGUUAUACCAGGCGCACCGGACCGAGACGCUUCAGUCACGCCGCCCCACGAGACCCUCCGAACCAAUGGCUGCCAUUGCGGAAGGGGAGGAGCUCUCCCAAUCACCCCAUCCUAGCACUGUCGAUAACACCCAGGCGGGACCCGGCAGGGCAAGCCAUGUGCCAGAGACACACCCCGUCGCGAGGUCCACCAUUUCGCAGUCCGACGACCUCUCCUCGAUCAACAACAGCACGCAAUUCCGCCAGCAGAUAGCCAGGGGGAACUACCUCGCGGCCCCGACUGAGCGACGGGGAGGAACUUCCUCCAUUCAAGUGAGCCGGGGCAAAUACCCCUCACUGGGCGUACAGAAGAACGCAGACAUUGCACGCUGCCCGUGGUGUGGCGCGCUUAUGGAUAGGAGGAGAAUGACCGAGAACGAGUGGAGACGGCAUACCGACGAAGAUCUCGAAACCUAUCCCUGUAUCUCGGAGGAAUGCCCCGACGGACACCCAGCCCACCCGAGCUUCGACGCGUGGUUUCAUCACAUGAAAAGCCACAGCCCACUGUGGCAUGAACGACUAUACCCUACCCCGUCUCGCGUCCACGUCUGCCUCGUCUGUGAAAACAACCACGAUGUCUACAACACCGCAGAAGAGCUCCAUCGUCAUCUGACCGAUGACCAUAGUGACAUGUUCGAUGCCAGCAAGCUCCGCGUCAUCGCCCAGGGAAGCAAGGUCGAACGACCAAGGCCGUGGAACGAGUGCCUUAUGUGCCGUUAUCCCGUCGAAGAGGUCGCAAGACUGACACCACCAAAACGCCAGAAGAGGCAACUCUCUCUAGACCACAACAAGAGGCUAAAACCCGCUGCCGCUCCUGAGCUGCAAGGUCCGAGUGUGCCAAGGAAGCUUGAGGAUUGCCCGAGUCCCUCAGACGACUCCCUCGAGGAGCAAAACAAGCCCGCUUUGGACGACUCCAAGACGAUGGCGCGGCACAUUGCAGGACACUUGCAAACCCUUAUGCUACUGACCAUACGGCUCGCCUCUCUGCAAAAAGAGGAAGAUGGUGAUGAAGAGGAGGACGACGCCGACAGCGAGGCAGCCGAGCUCGACGACCCCAGCGGCGUCAGCGGCGCCAGCGACGCCAUAAGAGCCUUGGACCCCGAAGGGGGGCAGUUUGGCUCCCCUUCGACCGGGAGUUCCCUAUCCGAUGGAGAGGCACUCGAAACCGUGGAUAUGCCGCAUGUCGAUCCUAUCCCUGACGCUGUCGUGGAUUUUGAUGCCGUGCCCAGACCACAUGAUGGACUACCGGUUGAAGAAGACGAGUUGCUGCAGGAGCUGAUCGAAUCCUGGGCG